AUGGAUGUCAAGUUAAGUGUAAUAGAAUCUUUAGAAGAGAUUCAACUUUGUACCCAAUGUGGAGCUAGGUGUGGAAUGCAGACACAAAUUAAAAUUAUUGGAAGCAUUGUACAAGGACGUGGUAGUAUUCGACGUGGAAGUUUUUUCACAGUUAGUCAGCGCCAAAGAAAUGUGCAUGCCAAUGCAAUUCAUGAAGAUGCAAACGAUCCUAUAUAUGCUACUGUUCAACGUCGUUCUCAACGUAAUCGUCUUCAAGGUGGUGGUUUUCAUCAUGGUGGUGGUAGUUUUCGUGGACAUGGUGGUUUCAAUCGUCCUGGUUCAAUGCACCAUAGUCCUAGCGUUAUUCGGCGUAGAAAUGCAGCACUUGCUAAUGCACGUCGAGAUAGUGAUGAAUAUUAA